AUGGCAAGCAACUUUGAUUUCCACGAUAACGCUGGGUUUUUGGAUAACUCCCUUGUUGUCGGUAACAAUUACUACGAUGAAAAGCAAAUUGUUAAGCAACAGGAAGACCUGAAGCAACAGUCAAAAUCUGCUGGCUAUAUUCCUGAUUCUGUCAAGGACUUCAUCCUCUACUUUCAAAAGCAAUUCAAAGAGGGAAACACUUACGAACUCCAUUCUUGUUACGAAACUGGCUUCAACAAACUCACUGAAAACUUUUACAAAACUAGCCCUUGGCCUGACCCAGAAACCGCUGUUGCCCCCCUCGUCAAGGAUCCCAACUUUUUGCUUUUCUACUCUGAAGUCUAUUUCCGUCAUCUUUACGGUCUCCUCCAGCCCAACACAGAGCAACGCAUCCAGUCAUAUAGCAACUAUUGCCAACUCUUCAACUUCUUCCUCAACUCAGAGCACCCAGUCGAUGUCGAACUUCCAAGCUACUGGGCUUGGGACAUUAUUGAUGAAUUCAUCUACCAGUUCAAUAGCUUUUGCAUCUACAGAAACAAGGUCAUUAAACGUGGCAAUGUUGCAGAAAUCAAGUCCUUCAGGGCUAACUACGACACUUGGGCCCCUUACUCUGUCCUCAAUGUCUUGUACUCUCUCUCAAGCAAGUCUAAAAUCUCAGAGCAGCUCGAAGCAAUCAAAAAUGGCCAAGAUCCUCUCGCCGUUGCUGGCGAGUACGGCUCAAAGCCCCUCUACAAGACCCUUGGAUACUUCUCCAUCAUUGGUUUGCUCCGCGUUCACACCCUCAUGGGUGACUUUUCUCUCGCUCUUGAAACUAUGAAGGGCAUCCAACUCAACAAAAAGGCCUUCUUUGCCCGCGUCGCAACUGCCCAUUACACAACCUACUACUAUGUCGGUUUCUGCUACAUGAUGCUUCGCCGUUAUGCUGAUGCCAUCAAGGCCUUUUCUCACAUUCUUCUCUUCAUCUCUCGCACAAAGAACAUUAACCGUUCGGCCCAGUACGACGCCGUCUCUAAAAAAUCAGACCAAAUGUACGCCCUCCUUGCCAUGUGCGUUUCCUUGAACCCAACCCGUCUCGAUGAGGCAAUCCACACUACUCUCCGUGAAAAGUACGGUGAACAGCUCUACAAGAUGCAGCGCGGCGGCGCCGACGCCCUCCCCAUUUUUGAGGAACUUUUCUCCUUUGCUGCUCCCAAGUUUGUUUCUCCUGGCGCUCCUGAUUAUGAGAAUCCAGCAAUGAAUGUGUCCCCUGCCUUGUACCACUGCAAGGUCUUCCUCCAGGACGUUACUAGUACCAUCACUGCUCCUUCCCUCAAAAACUACCUUAACCUUUAUGCCACCAUGGAUGUUGGUAAGCUUGCCACCUUUUUGGAAAUCAGCCCCGACGAGGUCCGAAGUGUUUUGGUCAACUUCAAGCUCAAAAACAGACAGCUCAAGUGGUCUGAGGGUGACAUCAUCAAGGGCGAAUCUUCUAAUGUUUCUGAGAUUGACAUUGCUCUGGAAAAUGAUAUCAUCCAUGCCUCUGAGACUAAGAAUAGCAGAAAGUAUGCUGAUUGGUUUAUUCGCAACACUUCCAAGAAUUAUUCUGCUCAAGAGUCUAUUUCCAAUCCUGAAAAGCAAGAGGCCGAAAACUCACGACAGAAUGCUGGAAGAAAGCGACAUGCUGCAAAGGAGUCGAAGAAGGAGUCUAAAUAG